UAUGUAAAUUAGGCGCGUGGUGAGUAUCCCCAGAUACACGUACAUGUGUUGUGUACACUAUCCUACAGUGAACAGGUGCCCAGGAACGUCACAAAGUUCAAACCGGACUAAGAAGCUUUCAGACUCCGUCCGCUUGGAGGAAACAAAAUUUUUGAGAACAGGAGGCAUCACGUAUGUGCUAAAACGUAAAAAAAAACCAUGUGGAUUGAAAUAUUGGUGGUGAUGUCAAUGACAUUGGGGAGACUGCAAGCACAGGCAGGUACCGAAGCGGAUGGAAUACAGUUUUUGGAUGAAUACAAUACAAAGGCUGGAAUGGUUUAUAACGAAAAUGUCAAGGCAGCAUGGAAUUACUAUACCAACAUCACAGACGAAAAUCUCGAGGCAAUGACGGCAUCUAAUUUAGAAUCUGCUGAAUUUUCCAAAGAUGUUGCGAGAAACAUAAGCGCCAGAUUUCCCAACUGGAACACGUUCACCAGAGCAGACGUGAGAAGACAAUUCAAGAAACUUGUUGACUUAGGGUUUUCAGCUAUCAACGACACUGAGAAACUAAAAUCGAUAUCCACACUUGAAGCCGAGUUGACAGGUAUAUACAGCACUGGCAAGGUGUGUCUUCCGGAGUUCGGGAAGGGUUGCCUGUCACUGGAACCAGGGCUUACGGAUUUGAUGGCUGAAAGUAGGAACUAUCAGGAAUUGGCAGCUGCGUGGAAAGGAUGGCGUGACGCUUCAGGAAAGAAAAUGAAAUCGAAGUACACAGAUUUUGUAAACGUCAUGAACGAGGCCAUCGCUUUCAGUGGUUACAAUGACACUGGAGAGUACUGGAGAUCGUGGUAUGAGACGCCUACUUUUGAGCAGGACGUCAAAAAUCUGUAUGAGCAGCUGCGUCCACUAUAUGAAAAUCUACAUGCCUAUGUUCGCCGGAAGUUGAUGAACAAAUACGGGGCACAGUACUUCCCUGAUAACGGACACAUUCCCGCUCAUUUGUUUGGCAACAUGUGGUCACAAGAAUGGGUUAAUAUAUACGACCUAGUAGAACCUUACCCUGAGGCUACCAGCGUGGAUAUUACAGCCAAGAUGGUGGAAAAGGGCUAUAAUAUAACACAUAUGUACCGAGUAGCGGAAGAGUUCUUCACAUCAAUUGGCCUUGACGCUAUGCCGGAAGGGUUCUGGACAAAAUCCAUGCUCGAGAAACCGGCAGACCGUGAAGUAGUGUGCCAUGCCUCUGCAUGGGAUUUCUAUGACGGCGAGGACUUCAGGAUAAAACAGUGUACAGCAAUUACAGCAGAGCAGCUACGUGUAGUUCACCACGAAAUCGGUCACGUGAUAUAUUAUCUUGCAUACAGGAAGUUACCACGUAUAUUUAGAAAGGGUGCCAACCCAGGGUUUCACGAGGGAAUGGCUGAUAUCGUCAGUUUGUCGUUUCAAACUCCCGAGCAUAUGAAGGCGAUUGGCCUGUUGGAUGAAAUUCCUACUGAUGACAAGAGUGACCUGAACUUCCUGUUAAAGAUGGCUCUAGACAAGGUUGCUUUCUUGCCGUUUGGCUACCUGAUCGAUCAAUGGCGCUGGAGCGUGUUUAAUGGGGCGACAACUCCAGCAACCUACAACCAUGACUGGUGGGAUCUCAGAUGUAAAUACCAAGGUAUAUCCCCUCCAGUGGAAAGGUCUGAGGAUGAUUUUGAUCCUGGUGCAAAGUAUCACAUUCCUGGAAAUACACCUUAUAUAAGGUAUUUUGUGAGUUACAUUCUGCAGUUCCAGUGGCACAAGGCACUGUGUGACGAGAUCGGAUACGUCGGGCCACUACAUAGAUGUGACGUGUAUCGUGACUCAGCUGCCGGGGAUCUGUUGAGAAAUAUGUUGAUGUUGGGUUCAUCAAAACCAUGGCAGGAAGCAAUGGAAGUGAUUACGGGAUCUCCUGAAAUGAGUGUCCUUCCUAUGGUGGAGUACUUUGAUCCUCUGUUACAGUGGCUAAAGGAACAGAACAAGGAGGAGAACAUUGGAUGGAGCUCCAUAUGUCCAACAGAUAUCCCAUCUCCCGAUUCUCCUAGAUCUGCAUCAGGUUCCAGCAACAUACAUCCGACCGCUCUGCUUCUUGCCGGCCUAAUUUUAGUUUUGGGAAUAAUUUUUUAUUAGAUAAUGAAUAAUAUUUUCUUUCAAUUUGAGUAGACCUUUUUAUAUUACCCGCUGUGAAUUUCUUGGUAUAUCAAUGUCUAGUCUCUGUCUUUAAAAUUGAAUUUAAUGUUUCACGAGCUGUUAACAGGCUUGCAGCAAAUGACAACAUAUCAAGUAUGUGUUUGAUGUUAUGUAAAGUAUUUAAAGUGUUAAAUCUAAAUACUGUUUGUAAAAAUCAAUGUAAUGUAUGUCAUGGAUUAUAUAUAAUACGAAUAGUUUAUUUUCUAAUUAUAUCAUUUUAAAAUACAAUUUGUUUUUUUAUUGUUGACAUGCAGCUUAUCUUACGACUUUAUACGUUACGUCCUUUAAAAGAGCACUAAGUUAGAGUAAGUCAUGAGGCACAAUGACAUUUCCCAUCCAAAGCAGUCAAAUCACCUUGUACAAUGUUAAUAUAAAUCUGUUACGUAACAUGGAAGGACACAUAUAAAUGCUUCCUAUCACAGAGCCGCCUGCAUCUAAUGUUAUCAUUUAUCAUUCAACGGGAUGUAGUGCAUAUCAAUUGGCAGAACUGCACAUGUAUUUGCAUAAUAAUCAAAUAGCAAUUUAUUGUGAGAAAAUGAGGCUAUUAAUAUCAAGUGGACUCCUCCCACAUUCUAACAAUGACGUGUAGGUCGUAUAUAUUAUUCGUUGAUUGCACAUCCAUGUCUUUGUUAGUAAUACGUGGCGACAGUAAACGAGAUAUCGAGAUGCACUUUGUCUCUGUAGGUAAGUGUGUAUGUUUCUUUACAUGAAACAUACAGGUAUAUGCGUGUGCAUUUUGGGAAUUGGCCGGAUAAUAUCUGGGGUAUGUGCGUGAAAUUGAGUUUGACAGGAAAAUUGUGACGGAAAAGCGUUGUUUCCCAAAUAUUAAUUAAUAGUGUUACGCCAUUUCAAUAAAAAGACAGGGGAUACCUAGCCCAUAUAUCACGUUGUAUAAUUUGGGGAGAUGGAGGAGGAAUAAUGAUAAAUGUUUCGCACUAGAACAGCCCGAUAAUGCCGCCUGCUGGAAUCGAACUUACGACUCGUAGGUGUAUUGGAGACACACUAACAGCUACAUUCUUCAUAGAUAUCAGACAAGCAGCCAGGGCGUUCCUUCAUAACAGAUUUAUUGAUAAGAAUAAAUGUCAGUGAAGCUUUUUGGAUGGUUGCGGCAUGGCAUUAAAUUUGACGUUUACUUGCCAGUGUUGUAAAUACAUGUCCUGGCAGUUAUCUGAACACCACGCCUAUCUUCACAAAUAGAGAAAAGUAGAUCAAGAUUAUAGGACAAUGAAAUAAUAAUUUUAAUGCAAGCAGUCAAUGUAACCGCAUUCCAACACACAAAAGUUUCAAAAGUUUUAAAACAAUUAUUAUUAAGAUACUCACUCUUCUUAGAGACAAAGGAGGAAAGAUCCAAUUCGUGUCAUUUGAUAGGUAAUUUAGAAACUAAGUAAGUGUGUAUAUUUACAUUAUGUAGGCACACAUAUAGCUUGUGGGAGCCAAAUUCAUCCUAUUGUGGGGAAUUCAUCCAAACUUCCGUCAUUCAUUGUUACCUUCGUCUAAUCAAAUAGACGAUUACACCAAUACCAAUUAGAUAGCUUAAGUCAAAGUUCAACGACGACCGUUUAAGAGAUUCUAAGAUUUACUGUAUCAUCGUCGGUGUCCACUUUGUCCAGAACUUGGAAUGAGUCGGUCUUUAAUUUCACAUUGUACAAUGAGACAUCAAUUAUGAAUUUGCCCGCGGAAACUUUUCGUCAACUCACUCACAUUGACAUACCAGACCAGCUUCAUAUUUCCCUUUUACUAUAUACAAAUGUAUAUGAAUAUGUAAUGCCUAUUUGAUGAAUGUAUAAGCUAUGAAGCAUAUAGCACUUUACCUAUGUAUAUUGUAAUGUUUGUACAAGGCGUAUCUUUAUAUGUAUGAUCUAGGCAUAUUUACCGUCACAUUCGUUGAAUACAUUGAAAUUUUACAAUAAAGUAAUAUAGACAUUAAGACUGUUCACGAAUGCGAUAUAUCUAAACAUAUAUAAACUUAUGGAACGGUAAUCCGUCAAAAAAAACAA